GCACCAAAAGAGCACCUCCCUCACUGUCGUCGGCCAGCAGUACCGCCGAGAGGAGUUCUACGAAUAAACGAUAUGAAGACGAACAUUAUAUUAUUACUUAUAGUUAUUGGAUCAUACCUUGUGGAUUCAGAACAGAGCUUGAUUACACGAGCCAAGCGACAAUGCCCGUGUGCGCAACUGUCACAAAAAUCGAAAUGCAAUUGUUAUCCGAUUGGGAGUGGAAUGCAACGAUGCAAAUGCUCAAAUGAGCCACAAUCAAGCGGAUGUUCUUGUGCCAAUAAGGCUCAAACAUCGGUAUGCCAACCAUCAUGUCAAAAGUCUUGUGUAGAUUCUUGUGUAAGGAACUCCCAUCAGCCACAGCUUCUUUGUGAUAAGACAUGUCAAUUUACAUGCAAUAAGGCAUGCACUCCAUCUACAUCAACGAGCUCAUCGUCCAAUUUUCCACCAAUUAAGGUAGUUGUAAACCAACAAACCAAGGCUUCUCAAUGCCCACAAGCCUGUGCUCAAUCAUGUGCCAACAGUUGCACAGCUCAGCCAAAUAAAUCUUAUUGCAUUGAUAUGUGCAUCAAAUCUUGCCAACCAACAUGCGUUCAAGCUGCUGUAUCUAUAAAUGUCAAAGAAUUCAUGCGUACUUCGACCACAACCUUAGCCCCAUCAAGAUCAUGUGUCUCUGCUUGCCAACCAACAUGUGACGCUCAGUGUAUUAAUGUCAUGAAGCGGUAUGAAGUGAUUAUUCAAAAGAUGCCACUUGCCCAGAAAUGUCCCUCCCAGUGUCAGCCAACCUGUUCUCCACAAUGUAUUCAAUCGGUCACUGUUUCUAUUCAAACUACAGCUCAACCAACAACAGCUUCCUGCAUUCCGGCUUGUCAACCAGCGUGCACUCCACAAUGUGUUCAAGCAGUUACCACGACAGAAACAUGUAUCCCGGCCUGCCAACCCGCUUGUCAACCACAAUGUGUAGAGAGACAGCUUCAGAUUCAGAUCGUAACUUCUCAAGCAACACAAGCAACUCGUGCUCCUGAAACAUGCAUUCCAGCCUGUCAACCAGCUUGCCAGCCACAAUGUGUUUAUCAGUAUCUUUCUUCGGGGUCUUCAGGCAUUUCAACAGUUCCACCAGUAACCAAAGUGUGCAUCUCAAUCUGUCAACCAGCUUGUGAUCCAGGAUGUGUUGCUAUUUACACGACGACUCCAGCCCCACUUCACUGCGUUUCUCAGUGUCAGCCAGCUUGUCUUCCAUCUUGUACUGACACCUUUACUACAACUAUCUCGCUUCCAAAACAAUGCGUCCCAGAGUGUCAGCCAGCUUGUGAGACUAAAUGUAUUGUUGCUCAAAUUGUGCUGAAGAUCAAGAACAGCUAUCAACAACCUCAGCAACUGUCUCAACAGUACAUCCCACAGUCUUCUUGUGUUCCACAAUGCCAACCAGCAUGUACUCAGGAAUGUGUAGCUGCUCAGCCAAACUUCUCGGUUCAAAUUAAUAUGAUUGAUGAAACCCCUUCAACCUCAACUUCUUCUCCACAAUGUAUUCCUCAAUGCCAACCAUCAUGUGAUCAACAAUGCAUUCAAACUUACAAGAUUCAAGUACAACAAAUGAAUUCUCAACAGAAACAGCAACGUCAGUAUAAUUGUGUUCCCGCUUGUCAACCAACUUGUGAGCAAUCUUGCAUUCAGUCUCAAUACCAAGUUACUAUACAACAAAGUUACUCCAAAGGGAAUCAAGGAAAUAGCUGUCCAUCAGCAUGUCAACCGGCCUGCGAACCUCUUUGUGUACAACAAAUCACUGUUCAAACAACCGUUCCAAUCACAAAGACCUGUGUUCCACAAUGCCAACCGGCUUGCACUCAAGAGUGUGUCCAGCAGGCAACUACCUACACUAUCUCCAUUCCAAUGACUACUGCAGCCCCAUCAUGCGCUCCACAAUGCCAACCAGCUUGUGAUCCACAAUGCAUAAGCUUCACUCUUAAACUUCCAGUAAUGACCACUCCACCCCCGACGCCAUCUUGCCAGCCACAAUGUCAACCAGCUUGCCAACCAUCUUGUAUGGAGACAUACACAUUCACGAUCCCAAUGAAUGAUCAGAGCUCCAAGCAGUGUGCUCCAGCUUGUCAACCUGUCUGUGAUUCAAAGUGUAUUCAAAAUUAUCAAUUUGAAAUUGUAAUUCCACAGGCUGACAACAACUGUAUGCCAGCUUGCACCCAAUCUUGCCAAACUUCAUGUGUUCAACAGAACAGCCAAAGUGUUCCACAAUGCAGCACAGCUUGUACUGACAGUUGUAGAUCAUCUUGCGUUGAAAUCGUGAAGGAAUCUGCAGAACCAACUUUCAAAUUGGAAAUUGUUCUUAAAAAACCAAUGGAAGAAACUGUGACAUGUGCUCCACAAUGUGCUAAUCAGUGCGUUGAUCAAUGUAAAACUCAACUUCUGACCCAAAUUGAAUUCUGUCUGCCAGCUUGCCAGAACGCCUGUCAACAGAACUGCCCGUUGCAAGUCGAACCAUGUGCAAUGAGUGGUUCACAAUGCAAUUGUUCAACUGGAUUCUCACUUUGUGGAAAUAACCAAUGCUGCAGAAAGAGAAGACGAUAGAUCCAUUCAAAAGGAAACAACCUACCUACGCACAUUAUUGCCAUAAUUUUAAUUUUAAAGCGAAAAAAGUGUAUUUUAUUUAUCAUACAUCAAUAAAUAUUUAUGAAUAUC